CCUUACCCCUCGACUAAUAAGAAGCUGAAGAUAGUAUCGCAGCCAUGCUAGUCAUAAGCAUAUUUGACAUUUCACUGAUCCUGGACAUGAUCUCUAACAAUCUGACCACGGAGGACAUCUUUACCUGCUGUAGAGUCUCUAAGACCUGGGCAGUGCUCUUCACACCAUACCAGUGGCGAUCUCUCAAGAUUGAUAUCCCAAGUCCACGAUUACUACACUCUUCGGAGGCCAAGCUCAUCUCCAGCCAUGCUCAUCUGAUCCGGCACUUGGAUAUCAGUAGCCUUCGAAUAUUAAGCGCAUUAUUGUUCAAUCCAGUGCCAGCGCCUCUGACAUUUUUUUCAGAAGACAACACCUACAAAACAGCAUGUACCGGCCUUCGGUCACUAGUUUGCAGUAUUGACUCAUUAGAUGGAGAAGAUAUGUACAGUACAAACCGAUUUAAUAAGUCGAAGGCGCUACUUGAGCUAAUUCGGCUGAACCCUCGACUCCAGCGACUUCAUAUUAAUAUAUGUCAUUGGAGAGUUCCUAAAUACGUCGCUCAAGUAUUCUCACUACUGUCCACAUCUUCUCUGACAAAUCUCUGUGUUUCAACACCAUCUAUCUUCAGUGAAAAAGUUUACCGUGUGAUCCUUCGCUCAUGUCCCGAAACCCUAAAAUAUCUCUCUGUUCAUACCACCUUUGCAUCUUCACUAAGACAUAGCGUUGAUGAAGGAGAUGAUGAAGAUGAUGCAGACGGGCCCACUGCAAACCUACCACUCUUGCCUCAUGGACAGCAACGAUUAUUUAGUGGACUCCAGGAACUGCAUCUCACAGGACUUAUGGGUAUCGAAUGUGCUACGACGAUAUUCUUUCCAUUGUUACGGCGCUGCUCCUCUCUUUCUGUUUUGGCCGUACCUGAGAUCAAUUCCGCUCUGAUGAUGACGUUAGGAGCUAUAUUGCGGGAAUAUUGUCCACUACUUUCAACCCUAAUAGUCUAUUGGGAGAAUCUUUUUCCAACUGAUCUCGCCGCAUUGAUCAAAGAAGCUUUUCCUGUAGUACCCCCUUUUUCUUGCAGGCUAAAAUCCUUGACUAUCGGAGGCUGGGCUCAGGGGGCUGAACCCUUCAACCCAUUUGACGAAGGUGACAUAAUGUUUGAUGCUCUUCCUGCUAUCCUGGAUCAUUGUGGGCCGUCCCUGGAAUGCUUACGGUUACUGGACGGCUUAGCCUUAUCUUGGACUGAUUUUGGGCGCAUACUCACAUCUUGCUCUACAUUGAAGGAACUGUCAUACGUCCCACCUAUUAAUGGAAGAUAUCUGUCGUUCGCAAAAGGGAGGAGCAGUGGUCCCUUGGAAGGGUUGGCUUCUGGCCCACAAUGGUGUUUCAAGGACAUAAAAGUCCUCCACUUGCAUGUAUUUGACUAUUUAAUUGUCAAACAGGAGGCGCCAAUAGUUGCCAAAAAUGACUCUGGAGUAGGGCUUGACUCAACAGCCCAAGAAGCUCGAGAAGACACACUAAAAAUAAUCAAUCUAUCACACGAUCAUGAGAUAAACUCCUUAAAUCUGGUAUCCUCCCGAUCAGUCCAAGUAUGGAUAGGAUUGCUUUUCAAACGACUAGGCCAACUUGUCAAGCUGAGAGAAUUAAUUCUAGGUUGGGAGUCACCAUGUAUGCCCGCCAAACAGACACUCUUCUCAUGGGGGUUCAAGGAGGGUCUGCAGCAUUUAACGGGACUGAAAGAUCUGGAAGUCUUGCAUCUAUGGGAAAGUUCAAUCAUCUAUACUCCAGAGCAAGCAGCACGACUCCCAAGGAGCAAGCGGCAGGAAAGUAAUCGAUUCUGGGGUCAGCGAGAGCGGCAAUGGAUGAAGCAACAUUGGCCACGACUUCGAGAAUACAGUGAAAUUCCAGUCAUCCAGACCGGUCCCGAACGCUUUUAGUUUGCUUUUAAUGUGGA